UUUCUCUGCUGACCUUGACGGGGACAAUAAAAGGGACCAGGAGCCCGCCGGCCCCCAGACUCUCGCUUCUGGGUCUCUGCACUGGGGCUGGGGAGUCGGCGCGCCGAGGAGACCCACCUCACCGAGGACACCCGGCCGGUAGCUCCCGUCUCUCCCCACUCACAGCUCCGCGGUUUCGUCUCCGGGUCCGUCUCUGCUCCGUCCGCUCCCCUUACCUCCUCCUGCUCUGCCAUGAUGGACGUGAGCGAGCUGGGCGAGGCCGCCGGCUACCUGCGCGUGAGCCACAAGGAGCAGGCCAAGCUCCAGCCCAGCCCCUUCGAAGGGAAGCGGCGGGCCUGGAUCCCAGACGAGAAGGAGGCCUACGUGGAGGUGGAGGUCAAAGAGGUCUCUGGUGGGAGAGUUACCGUGGAGACCAGGGAUAAGAAGAUCCUGACGGUGCGGGAGGACGACGUCCAACCUAUGAACCCGCCCCAGUUCGACACGGCGGAGGAUCUGGCCACGUUGAGCCACCUGAACGAGGCUUCCGUCCUGCACCACCUGCGACGCCGCUACGCGCAAUGGAUGAUCUAUACCUACUCGGGCCUGUUCUGCGUGACCAUCAACCCCUACAAGUGGCUGCCGGUGUACACGGCACCUCUGGUGGCCGCCUACAAGGGCAAACGCCGCUCGGAGGCCCCUCCCCACAUCUACGCCGUGGCGGACAACGCCUACAAUGAUAUGCUGCGAAAUCGUGAGAACCAGUCCAUGCUCAUCACCGGCGAGUCGGGCUCUGGUAAGACAGUUAACACCAAGCGGGUCAUUCAGUACUUUGCCGUUGUGGCCGCCCUGGGCGAGGGGCCGACCAAGAAAGCCCAAUUCUUGGCCACCAAGACCGGGGGGACCCUCGAGGACCAGAUCAUCGAGGCCAACCCGGCCAUGGAGGCCUUCGGCAACGCCAAGACGUUGAGGAAUGAUAACUCCUCCCGCUUUGGCAAGUUUAUCCGCAUCCACUUCGGACCAUCCGGGAAGCUGGCAUCCGCGGAUAUCGACAUAUACCUCCUGGAGAAGUCCCGGGUGAUCUUCCAGCAGGCGGGAGAGCGAAGCUACCACAUCUACUACCAGAUCCUGUCCGGGAAAAAGCCCGAGCUACAGGACAUGUUGCUGCUGCUCUCCCGGAACCCCUACGACUACAACUUCUGCUCCCAGGGCGUCACCACGGUGGACAGCAUGGACGACGGCGAAGAGCUGAUAGGGACUGACCACGCCAUGGACAUCUUGGGCUUCAGCGUGGAAGAGAAGUGCGGCAGCUACAAGCUGGUCGGGGCCCUCAUGCACUUCGGCAACAUGAAGUUCAGACAGAAGCAGCGGGAGGAGCAGGCCGAGGCCGACGGCACGGAGAGUGCCGACAAGGCGGCCUACCUGAUGGGAAUCAGCAGCGGGGACCUGGUCAAGGGCUUGCUGCACCCACGCGUGAAGGUCGGGAACGAGUACGUGACCAAAGGGCAGAACGUGGAGCAGGUGAUCUUCGCCGUGGGGGCUCUGGCCAAGGCCACGUACGACCGGCUGUUCAAGUGGUUGGUGACCCGCAUCAACAGGACCCUGGACACCAAGCUCACGCGACAGUUCUUCAUCGGGGUCUUAGACAUCGCCGGCUUCGAGAUCUUCGAGUUCAACUCUUUCGAGCAGCUGUGUAUCAACUUCACCAACGAGAAGCUGCAGCAGUUCUUCAACCACCACAUGUUCGUGCUGGAGCAGGAGGAGUACAAAAAGGAAGGGAUCGAGUGGGAGUUCAUCGAUUUCGGCAUGGACCUGCAGGCCUGCAUCGACCUCAUCGAGAAGCCCCUGGGGAUCCUGUCCAUCCUGGAGGAGGAGUGCAUGUUCCCCAAGGCCUCUGACGCCAGCCUCCGGGCCAAACUGUACGACAACCACGCCGGCAAGUCCGCUCACUUCCAGAAACCGCGUCCUGACAAGAAGCGCAAGUUCGAGGCCCACUUUGAGCUGGUGCACUAUGCUGGAGUGGUGCCGUACAGCAUCGUGGGCUGGCUGGAGAAGAACAAGGAUCCUCUGAACGAGACCGUGGUGGCCGUGUUCCAGAAGUCCCAGAACAAGCUUCUGGCCAGACUCUACGAGAGCUACGCCGGCUCCUACUCAGCCGAGCCCCCGAAGGCGGGAGUAAAGGAGAAGAGGAAGAAGGCGGCUUCGUUCCAGACGGUGUCUCAGCUCCACAAGGAAAACCUGAACAAGCUGAUGGCCAACCUGAGGGCCACCCAGCCACACUUCGUCCGCUGCAUCAUCCCCAACGAGACCAAGACCCCCGGGACCAUGGACGCCUUCAUGGUGCUGCACCAGCUCCGCUGUAACGGGGUGCUGGAGGGAAUUCGCAUCUGCCGCAAGGGCUACCCCAACCGCAUCCUCUACGCCGACUUCAAGCAGCGGUACCGCAUCCUGAAUCCCGGGGCCAGCCCGGACGACAAAUUCGUGGACAGCAGGAAGGCCACGGAGAAGCUGCUGGGCUCCCUGGACCUGGACCGCACGCAAUACAAGUUCGGUCACACCAAGGUGUUCUUCAAGGCCGGGCUGCUGGGGGUCCUGGAGGGGAUGCGGGACCGACGCCUGGCCAAGAUCCUCACGCUGCUGCAGGCCCACAGCCGCGGCUGCCUCAUGCGCGUCCGCUACCGGCGGCUGCUCAGCGGCAGGGACGCCCUCCACACCAUCCAGUGGAACAUCCGGGCCUUCAACGCCGUCAAGAACUGGUCCUGGAUGCGGCUCUUCUUCAAGAUCAAACCGCUGCUGCGCUCGGCCCAGACGGAGCAGGAGAUGGCGGCCCUCAAGGAGGAGGCCCGACGCGUCGGGGAGGCCCUGCGGAGGGCCGAGGCCCAGAGGAAGGAGCUGGAGGAGAAGCAAGUCACCAUGACCCAGGAGAAGAAUGACCUGGCCCUGCAGCUGCAGGCGGAGCAGGACAACCUGGCGGACGCAGAGGAGCGCUGCCAUCUGCUCAUCAAGUCCAAGGUGCAGCUGGAGGCCAAGGUGAAGGAGCUGAGCGAGAGGCUGGAGGACGAGGAGGAGAUGAACUCGGACAUGGCGGCACGCAAGCGGAAGCUCGAGGACGAGUGCUUGGAGCUGAAGAAGGACAUCGAUGACCUGGAGCUGACCCUGGCCAAGGUGGAGAAAGAGAAGCUCGCCACCGAGAACAAGGGCAAGAAUCUUCUGGAGGAGAUGGCAGCGAGGGACGAGACCAUCGCCAAGCUGACCCUGGAGAAGAAGGCCCUGCAGGAAGCCCACCAACAGGCCCUCGAUGACCUGCAGGCCGAGGAGGACAAGGCCAACACGCUCGGCAAGUCCAAGGUCAAGCUGGAGCAGCAGGUGGAUGAUGCCGAGAGCUCCCUGGAGCAGGAGAAGAAGCUGCGGCUGGAGCUGGAGCGAAGUCGUCGCAAGCUGGAGGGAGACCUGAAGCUGACACAGGAGUCCGUCAUGGACCUGGACAAUGACAAGCAGCAGCUGGACCAGAAGCUCAAGAAGAAAGACUUCGAGCUGAGCCAGCUGAACUCACGCCUGGAGGACGAGCAGGUGCUCGGCUCCCAGCUGCAGAAGAAGAUCAAGGAACUGCAGGCCCGCGCGGAAGAGCUGGAGGAGGAGGUGGAGGCGGAGCGGGCGGCCAGGGCCAAGGUGGAGAAGCAGCGGGCCGAGGUGGUCCGCGAGCUGGAGGAGCUGAGCGAGCGGCUGGAGGAGGCCGGCGGGGCCUCGGCCGUCCAGCUGGAGCUGGCCAAGACGCGCGAGGCCGACUUCCUGCGGCUGCGGCGGGACCUGGAGGCGGCCGCCCUGCGGCACGAGGCCACGGCCGCCGCCUGGCGCAAGAAGCACGCGGACGCGGCCGCCGAGCUGGGCGAGCAGGUGGACAGCCUGCAGCGCGUCAAGCAGAAGCUAGAGAAGGAGAAGAGCGAGCUGAAGAUGGAGGUGGACGACCUGGCCUCCAACGUCGCCCACCUCGCCAAGGGCAAGGCCAACGCGGAGAAGCUGUGCCGGACCUGCGAGGACCAGCUCGGGGAGGCCAGGGGCAGGGCGGACGAGCUGCAGCGGCAGCCUGGCGGACUGACCGCCCCAGGGCGGCUGCAGACGGAGAGCGGGGAGCUGAGCCGCCGGCUGGAGGAGAAGGAGUCGCUCGUCAGACAGCUGGGCCGAGGGAGGGCCGGCUUCGCCCAGGCCCUGGAGGAGCUCAAGAGGCAGCUGGAGGAGGAGACCAAGGCCAAGAGCUCGCUGGCCCACGCGGUGCAGGCCGCGCGCCACGACGGGGACCUGCUGCGGGAGCAGCUGGAGGAGGAGGCCGAGGCCCGGGGGGAGCUGCAGCGCUGCCUGUCCAAGGCCAACGCCGAGGUGGCGCAGUGGAGGGCCAAGUACGAGGCGGACGCCAUCCAGCGCACCGAGGAGCUGGAGGAAGCCAAGAAGAAGCUGGCGGCCCGGCUGCAGGAGGCGGAGGCGGCGGUCGAGGCGGCCCACGCCAAGGGCUCGUCGCUGGAGAGGACCCGGCAGCGGCUGCAGACGGAGCUGGAGGACGCGACCCUGGAGCUGGGCCGGGCCCACGCCGCCGCCGCCGCGCUGGACAAGAAGCAGCGCAACUACGAGCGCGCGCUGGCCGAGGGCCGGCAGAAGCAGGAGGAGACGCGGGCCGAGCUGGAGGCGGCGCAGAAGGAGGCCCGAGGCCUCAGCUCCGACCUCUUCCGCCUGCGCAACGCCUACGAGGAGGCGCUGGAGGCCGGGGAGACCGUGCGGCGCGAGAACAAAAACCUGCAGGAGGAGAUCGCCGACUUGACGGACCAGGUCGGAGGCAGCAACAAGUGCCUGCACGAGCUGGAGAAAGUGAAGAAAGCGCUGGAGGGCGAGAAGAGUGAGACCCAGGCGGCCCUGGAGGAGGCCGAGGGCGCCCUCGAGCACGAGGAGAGCAAGACGCUCCGGAUCCAGCUGGAGCUGGCCCAGGUCAAGGCGGACGUGGAGCGGAAGCUGGCCGAGAAGGAGGAGGAGCUGGAUAACCUCAGGAGGAACCACCAGCGGGCCGCCGACUCCAUGCAGGCGUCGCUGGAGGCCGAGGGCCGGGCCCGCGGGGAGGCCGUGCGGCUGAAGAAGAAGAUGGAGGGGGACCUGAACGCCAUGGAGAUCCAGCUGGGCCACGCCCACCGCCAGGCUGCCGAGGCCCAGAAGGCCGGGCACCUGCUGCAGGCCCAGCUCAAGGACGCGCAGGCCGAGCUGGGGGACGCGCAGCAGCGAAUCGAGGAGCUGCAGGAGCAGGCGGGGACCCUGGAGCGAAGGAACGCGCUGCUGCUGGCCGAGGUGGACGAGCUGCGGGCGGCGCUGGAGCAGGCCGAGCGCGGGCGCAGGCUGGCCGAGCAGGAGCUCCUGGAGGCCACCGAGCGCGUCAACCUGCUCCACGCCCAGAACUCGGGGCUCGUCAACCAAAAGAAGAAGCUGGAGGCGGAGGUCUCGCAGCUGAGCGGGGAGGCGGAGGAGGCCCUGCAGGAGUGCCGGGACGCGGAGGAGAAGGCCAAGAAAGCCAUCGCGGACGCGGCCCUGAUGGCCGAGGAGCUGAAGAAGGAGCAGGACGGCGGCGCCCACCUGCAGCGGCUGAAGAAGAACACGGAGCAGACGGUCAAGGACCUGCAGAUGCGCCUGGACGAGGCCGAGCAGGUGGCCCUCAAGGGGGGAAAGAAGCAGAUCCAGAAGCUGGAGGCCAAGGUGCGGGAGCUGGAGGGGGAACUGGACGGAGAGCAGAAGAAGAACGCCGAAGCCCAGAAGGGGCUCCGCAGGUCCGAGCGCAGGAUCAAGGAGCUCAUCUACCAGGGCGAAGAGGACCGGAAGAACCUGGCGCGGAUGCAGGAUCUCGUCGACAAGCUGCAGAGCAAAGUCAAGAGCUACAAGCGCCAGUGCGAGGAGGCGGAGCAGCAGGCCAACUCCAACCUGGCCAAGUACCGCAAGGUGCAGCACGAGCUGGACGACGCGGAGGAGCGGGCCGACAUCGCCGAGACGCAGGCCAACAAGCUGCGGGCCCACACGCGCGACGCGCUCGGCGCCAGGCCGGUGUCAAUCCGUUCGUGAAACGUGGCAGACCCGGCCCCGUCUGCGCAUACGCGGAGGCGGGGUCGCGGCGGCGGGGAGAGAGUUCGCGGGCCCUGUACCGCGCGGGUCCGGCCCCCCGGGGAAGCGGACCCCACGGGCCGGGGGGCGCGCGACGGAGGGGAGCUCUUGCUCCCCUCGGGCCCUGAGGUGCAGAAGGCGGGGGGAGAACACAGGCCCGGGGGGCAAUCGGAGCCCCCGGGCCCCCACCCCCCGCGGGAUACAACCACCCCGGCCCCAGAGGUCCCGGAAGGAGGCGGUCACCGCCGGC